AUGCAGCUGCUGUGGACAAUCCUCUGCCUGGGCAAUGCCCUCGCCUCUUCCAUCCCGCACACUUCUCAUCAACUCCGACUCCCUUUCGUUCCUUCUUCCGACAAUCUUGAAAAUGGUGUCAGAUCAAGACUCUCAAUCAAUUUGUCCAUUCAGAAUGGAAGUCUAUACGCCAAUGAACACCAAGUCUAUCCUCCAACAGAGAUAAUGCAGCUCCAUGCGCCCCUCUACGAAAGCGCAAACCAAAUCGAUCCCAGUGACAACACCGUGGAAUUAUCCUACACCCUCGACACUCAACCACUCCCCACAAACGAAAUGGGAUCCAUGGCGGAUAUGGUCCGCGUGCGAGUCGAGUUGUUUGAUCUGCAGGGAAACCUGGUGUCACCGGACGCAGUAGCCGUCGACCUUCUCGCUUACGAAAGUGAAAACUACGAGAUGACCCGCAUCCGUGUCGAACCGGCUCGUGGCAGCGACCAGGACGGUCAUUUAUAUCAGAAGAGCCAGACGUGGGUGAUUAAUUACUGGAGGACACAAUUCGGUUCCAUUUUCGAUAAGCCCAAGACCAGGUCCACAACCACGGCACCAGCUCAUGAUUCGGCCCCGGAUACGGAAUCUUCCGCUCAUACCGGCGCUACCAAGGUCACCAGCAGCGAAGCUACAACCGACUCUGGAUCUAAGACUCAUUUCUUCUCGUUCUGGGCCACUCCGUCUGACCUCCACCACCACGCUAAACACCGUCAUCCUCACCACAACCGCCAUCACAAGAACUCAUUUAUGCGCAUCAUCCGUCCCAUCAUUCUUCCUGCUUUGCUGGGUACUGCUGCCGGGCUGGUGGCUUGCUUGGUCGGGUUCUUCAUCGGACAGCUGCUGAUGUCCUUGGGGGUGUGCCUUGGAUGGCAGAAGGUACUAGGCGACAGGUCGCGGAUUAUCUCAGUGGAAGAAGGCACGGUUUCUGAAAAGUCCCCCAUGAUGCCGCAUGUUUCCGUGACAGAUGCUGCCGAGUCAAAUGUAUGA